UAAAGCGGCAAUACUUUUAUAUAAAAGAAUAUAUGGCAACUAUGUUGGCCUAACGUUUCUUUCAUAACGAAUAUAUGUCUAUUGUGAGAAACAAAGAACCAGCAAUAUAACAUCAUUUUACGUAUAUAUAGUUUCAAUUCUUUGCAAGAUUUAUCAGAAAUGGAUAAUUUUUUGGCAAGCGAAAUACGUAUAUAUCUUAUCUACAUAAAUUAGAGCACAUUUUAAAAUAACCCAUUUCAUUUAGACAAAAGCAAAACUGUCACAUGUUCCUGUUCCUCGGAAGAAGAUGAUGUGUGUGUGAUUGAAGGCACUUCGAAAAGAUGCAAAUCUUUUUCAAUGGUUUGGAAAUACUUUAAGCAAUCUGAUGACAAAAAAUUGGCAAAGUGUCUACAAUGCUCUAAAGAAUAUAAAACUAGCGGAAACACAUCCAAUUUACGCGAUCACUUAAAGCGGAUGCACCCAGCAUCGGAUAGAGACAACACACCCAGUACCAGCUCAUCGAAUCGCUCCAGUUAUAAUUCAAUCGAUUCAUAUUUUAAAAGAGCUGUGGAGUACGAUUCGUCAUCUAAACGUAAAAAGGACAUAGACACUGCUUUGGCGCAGUUAGUGACUGAAAGUUUUCACCCGUUCAAUAUUGUUAAUGACAAUGCAUUUCGUAAAUUCGUAAAGGUGUUGGAUACAAAAAUACAUUGA